UGGCUCGCCAGCCGCCUCUCCCCCCCUACAAAUCAUCCUCAGAUCACAAACCGCUGCCCACCACUACUCAUCCUCCUCACGCACGCGCUUACUCUUUCUUGCUUCCAUCAAGAGACCCACAGAGAGCCGAGCAUAGUUAGGCAGCCGGCCAGCCAAGAACCUGCCAGCGCCCAUGUCCGUGCAGGUAGCGGCGCCGGCGACGACGGCGUGGUCGUACGUGGAAUACAUGGCGCGGUGGGAGCGGCAGGUGGAGCGGCGGCAGCUGUUCCUCCGGAGCUACCACUUCUCCCGCGACGCCGACGUCUCGCCGCGCGUGCGCACGCGCCGCGUCGUCUGGGCAGGGGUGCGACGCCUGCGUCGGGCCGCCGCCAAAGGGCUCCGACGCCUCCGGGCGCGCAUCCGCCUCUGCUUCGGCUGGGCCGCGCCCGCGCUCCGCCGCCGCUCCUGGCCCCGCCGGGCCGGCUACGGGUUCCGCUACGGCCGCAUCCCCCGCGCCACGAAGGCCGCAAACGCCGCGUCCGUUUGCUUCUGGUAGGCAGGUCGUGAGCGCAAAACGUGGGAGCGCACUUGUUGGCUUCUAUGUUGAACUUGGGACGCUGUAAAAAAUAGUACUGAGAGUAGGAACAAGAAUGAGCAUCACAAAUUCAGUGCGAGUACUCAGCUAGUUUAGCUAAUGUGCCGAGCACAAGCGGGAUUCAGUGGUAUUUUAACUGCGUUUGGAGAAGCUGGGCGCCACUAACACGCAAAG